AUGGAUGAUGAGAUGGUUCACAUCAAUAAAGCUCUGCAAUAUGUUUUCAUAAUACUUUCAUCAUUUUAACAAUUAAGUUUUGCUUUUGAGAAUUACUACUUUCAAAAUAUCUAGCAUAAUGGAUUUAAGAAUUUCUUUUUGGAAAUUUCAUCCUUUACAAGGCCUUAUGUAAAACUGUUUAAAAGCUUUGGUGUUUUUUCAUUUAUUAUCCCUUUAGUGCUUUUAAUUUCAUAUGAAGUCAUGAUAUUCUAUAUAUUCAUAUGCUUUGUAAAAUGUAAAAAAUAAAAGAGAAUGUCAGAGAUUCUUUUAGAAUAAAAUAGAUUAUUUUAAUUAAUACUAAAAAUCUAUUCAUAUUAACAAGGAUUGUUAUACUAUUUAAUUUUUAUCCCUUAAUUAGAAUUUGCCACAUCAUCUAUUUAUUAUUAUUCAUAAAAGUAAUAUUUAAAUCUUUUUGCUUUACCGAUGGCUGUUAUCUGUUUUAUUAUGAUCAUAUUGAAUAUGCUUUUUUACCUAUUUUGCAUCCAAUAGUCCACUCACAUAAAAGUCAAGAAUCUAAAUAUAUUAUCGCAAUCUUUUAAUCAUUAUUUAAAUCCAAUCUACUUAAUUUUGAUUGUUUGCAUAAAUCGGUUUGAAAGUAAUGAUAAACAACUAAAAUUCUACUUAACCGUUACAAUUUUAUUAAUUAAAUCAUCAUUUAACAUUUACAGCAUUUAUACAACAUUUUAAAACAUUUAUAGGCGAUGUAUCAUUGAAUUAUUCUCAGAAUGCUUUUAAUUUUCAAUGUCUCUAAUAUUGAUGCUCAUUCAAUUAUCAUAAUUUAAAUCUCAAUAUAAGGAUUAUGAAACUAUUUUAAUUCUAAUAAUUAUUCCACUUGCAACUUCAGUUCCCAUAAUUCUCUAUAACAAUCUUCAUUAUAGAAUAAUAUUAAAUAAAAAUCAAAUGAUGGCUAGUUACUUAAUGUUGUACAAAAUUGCUUCAAUAAUUGAUGAAUUUGGAGAAAUCAAACAUUCUUAUUUGCAUGAUAAUCAGAAAAUUACACAAAUUAUCUAUUUCUAACAAACUCACUUAUAGCAUUGUUCAACACCAAAAUGUUUGUGUACUCAACAAUUAUUAACUUUUGAGUAAAUUAUAAAUCUAUAUUUAAAAGAUUAAGUUAACUAUUUUAAUUUAACAAUUAAUAAGCUUAAAAAAUAAUCAAAUAAAUAAUUAUACUUUUUGCAUUAUCUAUCAUUGAUUCAUUAUUUAGGAUUGAGUACACGAGCAUUUUAAUAAUCAAAUCUUGUAGUGUAUUAAGAGAGUGAAAACUUUUCUUCAUAAUUCAGCAAAGUCUUGAUUGCUAAAGCUGAAAGUUAGAAAGCUGAAUCCAGCAAUAGUUUGGACCAAUAGCACAGUUCUGUUUAGAGAUCAAAAGUUGAUAGCAAAUCAGAUGAAAUGAUUCACAUUAAGAUCUAGAAUAUGGGAUUUAUAAAUAAAUAGAGACUGGUCUUGAUUUAAGAAUUAAUUAAGAAGACUAUGAGUACUGGAUUAGGUAAAUAGAGCAAUUAGAUAUUAUCUGAUAAUCUCGAUCACGCUGUUAAACUCUUUUUAAAAUCAGAGGAGAGCAAUAAACAAUUGAAGAAUAAGAUUAUAAAAAUGAUUAAUAAAAAAAAGGAUUUCUUUGUUAACUUAACUUUGCUAAAUUCUAAUUUUAAUUUGUUUAAUGCAGCCAAAUAGAUGAUUACAAAAUUAACUUAUCUUGAAGAUGAACUACUAAAACUCUAUUUCUAGUUCCCAAGUAGAAAAAUGCAAGCACUCAAUACUUUUUAUUAGUCAGAAGUAAUGAACAAUUAUUUUUAAGCAUAUAAAUUAGCAACCAUAACUUCUAUAUCUGAUGAAAAACUAUUUAAAAUGUAAUCGUAAAUUAAUUUUGAUAUGUUCUCAAGUAAAUUAGACUAUAUAAUUGUGGGAUUUGAUGAAAAAUCACAUAAACUAUAAAUUCGACAGUAUUCUAAUCAAAUACAUGAAUUUUUUGGAUAUAAUUAGGAGAAAUUUAAAUAACUCAAAACCAUAGAUCACCUUCUUCCUAAUAAUUUUGAUUAAAUUCAUUCAAAAUUUGUAUAGCAGUUUCUAUCCUAAGGUUACUCAAAAUUCUUUCGCUUAAUAAAUUAGAAUUACUGCAGAUAUCAAAAGAAAUUUAUCAAAGCUAUUGACUUUUUCUUUGAUAUCAAUGUAAGUAAUCUAUAGGAUUUAACAUUUGCUUGUUUUUUCUAAAAUAAAGAUAGUUCAAAUGCAUUUAUAUUUUGUUGCAAUAAUAACAGAAUUUAGAGUGUAAGCAAAAACUUUGCCAAUAAAAUUGGCUAUCCAGCUAAGUUAAUUACUUAAUUAAUGGAUUCACUCUAUAAAUAACCUUUAUCAAAAAUUUUUCCUAAAUUGUAAAUGAUUAUGGAAAUGAAUGGCUCUAAAAUUUCUUAAGAUAAUGAUGAAUUUGAAUAGGAACUAAUGGAUUAGAGCGAAUAUUAAGUUCAUAUGAUUUUGCCAGAGGUCGAUUGUUUACUUAAGAAUUCCAAAUAAACUUGGGACACUGAAUCAAAUAGUUAGUAAUAUGUUGUAGAAGCAAUAUUUCACAAUAGAAAAUUAAAACAAGAUACAUUAUGUAAUUAUGUAAUUGUAGAGAUAAGAGAGGCAAAAAGAUAUCAGAAAACCUGUAGUACACCAUUUCAAACAGAAGUCAUUACUCCCACUCCUGGAGCAUCUUUAACUUAAUUUUAGGAUGAUGGUUUUGAAGAUUUAGAAUUUUUAGAAUAGGAUGAAUUUUAAGCUAACAUCCCAAGAGCUUUGGAGUUUGAUUAAUAAGAAAAUCAAAAUUAAAUUAUGAAUCUUUAUCAGGAUUAAUCAGAAAGUGAUGGUUAAUUUGGCAGAAAAAUCUUAUCAAAUUCAAAGAAUUAAAGUUAGUCAUUUUAUCCAAAUGUGUCUUUGGUAAGUCCUAAAGAUGCUGGGGAAAAAUUAAUAGAUGCAAAAUCUAUUGAAGGGGGGCUAUAUGACAAUAAUAAAAGGUAUCAUGAUGCAAAGCAACAAUUUUUUUCGGCUGUAGAUUAAAAGGAUGUAUCAUCAAAUGCAGAUGAAGAAAGUAUGGAAGAAGUUGAAAAUGAAAAUGAAAUAGAAAAUAAAAAUUAGAUAGAUAAGUUAUAAAUAGAAGAUAUUGAUCAAGAGUUGCAAGAGAAUAUAAAAAUGCAAAUGUAAUUGGAAGAAUAGGAUUAGAAUAUUGUAUAAAUUGAUGAUAUUGGAUCCUAAGUAAGUUCAGUUGCAGCUUUUAAAAAAUCAAAAUAUUCUAAAAAAUAUGAUUUGAUUUAGAAAUUGAUUACUUCUGAGAAAUUUUCAAAAAAUUAUUUUUUAGCUAGAACAUUUUUAACAGUACUGUUUGCGUUAUUUACUGUUUUCUCUAUUGUUUAGAUAAUUUUUUCAUCUGAUGAUUUGAAUCGGUUCUUAUAAGAACUAGAUAUGGUUCAAAUAAAAUCAAAUAUCGUAGCACCAAUAGAUAAUUACAUUGUGGCUUAAAAUGCUGUGAUGUUUUAUGCAAUUUUGAAUAUGAUUGGUAUGAUGAAUGCCUCAACAGCAGCUUAAAAAUUAGAAUAUGCUAAAAAUGAUAUAACAUAUAACUACGAAGAAUUGAAGUCUAGUUAUAUAAAGUAAUUAUCAAAUAAAUAUUUAAAUCCAUUUUUUUAAGAUAAGAAUUUUACAAUUAUGUAAUCUGAAUAAACAACUACAUCUGAUAGAAAUGUAUCUGCAAGAGAGGCGAUCUACCUUUCUUUAGAAGCAGCUUAUUAAUUUGUAUUACUUGAUUAUUUAAACAUCUUUACAUCCUUAGAUCCAACUUCAGGAUUUUUUGUGUAUUUGUUUGGAAAUUAUCAGACUUUUUAUGAAUAAUUAACAAUAGUAAAUUAGGAUAUGCUAUCGUAUUCUGUGUAAAGAUCUAUUACUGUUAAGGAAAAAUGGUUGUCUUUGAUGAUACCUAUAUUGAUUAUAGGUUUUCUGUUAUUGUCAAUCAUAGUAAAGUUUCACAACUAAUACUUGCAGUAGUAUGACCAAUUUAUUUAGCUGUUUUCAAUGUUAGAAAUAGUGUGGGUACAAAGGGACAUUGACAGAUAUAAGGGCAUAUCCUCACUAGUAAUCAAAGAUUCAGAUGUUUUAUUUAAAUACCAAUUUGAUAUUGACUUGAAAGAGAAAUUCUUAGCUGCAGAAGAUAUAAGAAAAGAGAAGAUUGCCUAAAAUUAGAAAGGGUAAAAAUAGAGAUAGAAAGCAACAAAUCUAAACUUUAAUCAGUCUACUACAAAACUACCAUCUUUAGUGAUAUAUUCAACCAUAUAUGCUUUAUGCUUUGGAUUGUGUUUCAUAUCUACAUCUUUGGGGGAAUCAUACUUUGUCAAAUAUCCAGAUACUACAAAUUUCUUCAACACCUUAUGCGAUGUAAGUAUUGCAUCGACUGGUGUUUUUAGUGUGAGGUAAAUCAUAUAUGUAGUAUCCAAUAAAAAUUCAUAAGCCUUCUUUUUUAUUAAAGAUACUACUUAUUUUAUUUAAGUAUUUUUCGAACAUAUCGAAACGAUUAAUCAAUUUUUAGCUUAAAUGUCAGAAUUUGAUCCAUCAACAUUGAUAACAUCCGAUGCAUUUAUAAAUAAGAUAGAAUAACUAAUGCAGAAUGAUGUUUGUGAAUUCCUUCCAGAUUUUAAGAUAGAAAGUGCCUAAAUGCAUUGUGAUUCACUCUAUGAUGGAGUUGUUAGAAGAGGGUUUCAACUUGCUUUAAAUACUGUAAGAAAUGAAUUACUUACUGAAUACAAAAAUUCAUAAAACUUUAGUAUUUAGUCAUAUACACUUAAUGAACAACUUGAGAUUGGACUCAUAAGUUAUGAUGCUGUUUCUAAUAUCAAACUAUAAUUUUAGGAUGAAUUAGUUCGUUUUACUUAUAACCUUAUUGAUCAAAUAUUGAUUAUUAACAUUUGUGCAAUUAUAUUAUAUCUAAUCUCUAUAGGGUUAAUUUACAAAAUCAUCACAUAAAUCUACCACCAAGAAUUUAAAUUGGUACUUAAAUUUAUUUUGUUAAUGCCUCAGACAUCGUUGUUUCUAGACAGCCAACUAGAUAGAACUAUAAAAUAAAUUAUCAUUAAGCAUAAUUUAACAUGA